AUGAGUUAUCCCUGUUUAAUGCCCGAAGACGGUUCACCAAUUUAAAUUCAAUCUAAAGUGUAUGUUGUUGGCAGAGUAGACAAAUGUCAUCUCAAAAUUGAUGUAAUUGCCAUCCUAUGUAAAAUAGCAUCCUUCGAUAUCGAAACAACAUUGUGAAAUAUUGGUAUAGGAUAAAAUCCUAAUUGUUGAUAAGCAAUCUCUGAAUGGAACAUUUGUAAACGGAGUUAAUGUGGGAAAAGGACAAUAGUUCGAAAUAUUCAGCGGAGACAUAAUCCAAUUUGGAAAAUACCCAAUUCUCUACACAUUUUAUAGCGAUACAAAGAUGGCAUACAAAUAAAAGAAACCUAAUCAACCAGUUAAAGACAUGAAAAUUUCAGUUGUUGAUUUCGUAAAAUAAAAAAAUUAGGAAUUCCAAAAUUAACAAACACCGGUAAUUUAAUAAUAAUCAUCAUAAUAAAUUCCAUUUCAAUUAAAGCAAUUCAGUCCUGAUUCUAUUUUGAUGGCUGAUAAACAAAAAAUUGAUGAAACUACUUAGGAUCUGAUUAAAAAUAAAAAUAUUGAAACAGCUUAAUAAAUCAUCUCCUAAUUAGAAAGAGAAAAUAAUGAUUUAAGAACAUAGGUUUUGCAAUAAUAGUCUGAUUAUGAUAAAAAGUCAUAGGCAUUUCUUGAUUUGUAAUUCAAAUACGAGAAAUUAUCAAGCGAAUUUUCAAAUAUCUAAGUAUAUUACAGUUAUACUCAAUUUUAGACAAAAUACCAAUCUAUUGAACCGUUUACAAAGGAUUUAUAGACUAAACUUGAGUUGUGUAGAAAAGAAAAUGAACUUAGAUUAGCAGAAAUAGAAGAAUACAAAAUAACAGAUAUUGGAAAGAAGAUAGCAAUCUAAAAUGUAAAUAAGUAUUUGUUAUAUACAAGGCUGAAAUCCUGUAAUUAAGGAAAAUACUAUAAUUAAAAGAUGAAGAAAUUUAAGGCUAAAAAAAGCAAAUUACUUAAUUGCUAUCCAAUGUUUCAGGAAAGUAAUAUUCUUAUACAUAUUAUUAGUCCACAACAUCACAUCUAAAUGCUUGAAUAGAAUUCUAGAGAACUUACUUAACUAAAAAAAUAAUUAAUUGAGUGGGAAGGUAGAGAUAACGAAUGUAGUAGGAAAUGGACUCAAUUACUUUAGGAUAAUGCUAGAAAGGAAGAAUAAAUUAGAGCUUUAAAAUACUAAAUUGAUAGAUUAACACAAAAUAUUUAAUCUCUUCAUUAAGAAUUUGAUCUGAAAAACCAUGAAUUAAAUAAAAGAAUACUUCAAAUAAUUGAUGCUCACGGUGACUAACAAUAAAAGGAAGCUGCUACUUUCCUAGUCUAACAAAUUGCCCUGAUUUCUGAGGAAAGAAGAGUGUAUUUAGCUGACGUAGAAGAGCUGUUGAGAUCAAGAUAAGAAAUUAUCACUGAACUAGAACUGCUAAAGAAAGAAGAGUAUUUAAUCCCUGAUGGAACUAAUGUCACAUCAUUAAUCAAGGCCUUAAGAUAAAGAGUGGAAGAAUUAAAUGACAUUUUAAACGAAUACAAAUAAAGAGGUAAUAAUUAAGAGAUGUUUAGAUAGUUAUGAUUAAUUGGUGAUUCAAAAGUAAUUGAUUGAGGAAUUAGAAUAGAAAUUAAAUCUGGCAGAUAAGAAAAACAAAUAAUUAGAAUUAUAACUGUUUUAAUUAAAAAAUACAUCACCUCAGUAUUAGGCUGAAACUUAAUUUGAAUUCUUUACGAAGAGAAUUAAUGAGUUGACUGCUUUGAUUAAGGAUCAAUAAAAAAAAAUUAAUUAAUUAGAGGGUGUUGAUCAAUAAAAAGAAUUACAAAUUUAGAAUAUGAAAUACCAACUCAACACUAUUAAAUUAAGUGAUUAGUAGAUUAUUAAUCCUAUUUUGCAAAAUGAAUUUAAAAAUGAGAGGAUAGGAAAUGAAUUUGAAACUUGA